AUCCAGGAUAUACCAGGCAAGUGGUAAACACAAAGGGAGGGCUAUCUGCUGCUGCUGCCCCAGUCAGUACUUGACUGAGAGAGAGACAGACGGAGAGAGAAAGAGAGAAGAAAUGGAGACAUCCAGCCAGCUACUAAGUUUUGACCAAAAGAAGGAGGAAGAUGUUGGGACUAGCUUGUUUCACUGCCAUAUGAAGCAAAGGAUGCUUUUUAAUCCUCAAGAGGAGAUGGUUUGUGUAGUUCACUGUCUGGGAGGGCUAAAGGAGCAAUAUUCAAGAAAGUUCCUGUUACACCGGUUGAUAGUCGUCGCCAGCCUCCCCCAGCAACUCGCAGACAGGAAAGACCUGGGAGUACACUACGAAGAACUGAACCAGCGCUUGCAGAGGUAUUACCAAGGAGAUGCUAUCACAGGCCUGCUUUUGCUGUACCCAACCUGCAUGCUUCAUGUCAUUGAGUCCUCCAGCGAGGUUCUCGUGUCUCUGCUGCAGGAUCUGAGGGACAUGCAGGAACGGCCACACUGUGUCCUGAUCGAGGCGCCCAGGGUCCUGGUGAUGUCACAUGACCUUCCCAGCAGGUUGUUCCAGCAGUGGAGCUACAAGGUGCUGAAUGUGCCGGCCAGGGUGGGUGGGAUGCUGAGUAGAGACGGGCCAGAGAGGGAGGAGGAAGAAGACACCGACACACUGGUCAGCACCGCCCUGUCUAUGCUGCUCAAGCUGGGGAAUCACCUCCUCAAAGCCACCAAGGGGUCAAAGAUGCCUCUGGGCUCUGUUCUGGAUGAAGUACCAGAGAUGAUAGUCCCCCAGGAUAUUCUGGUUCAGCUCCUGUCCAGAGGAGACCUUCUGAGCCCCCAGCAGUACCUGCAGGCCUACCACACCCCUCUCCACAUCCUCAUGGACUCUGGGCACGUGUUUGGAAGCAGUCAGCUAACUACAGUUUAGUGUUUGGCCAAAAGGUCAAAGAGCGUACUUGGCCUCCACCCGAGCAACUUCGAUGUGAAUUCUGACUUCUGAUGUGAUACAACUAGACAUUUGAAUGUGCUUCCUACUCAAUCUGUUUUCAGGGUUCAUAUGCCUGGUUAUUUGUAUGUGUUAUUGAGAACUGCCAUUCAUCUGGACUGUGUGACACAUUCAACUCUAAAUAAUUGUCCUUGCUCCACAAAUGGAUACUACAUAACAAGAUACAUUGUUUGAUACUGUAGUGUUAAAAUACACAGGGACUGCAGGGUAGGUUUGGUUGUAUAUUGCAAAUAUUUCAUAAAUAUUUUACUGGAUGUGAA